AUGAAGAGCACACUUGUCCUAGGCGAUGUCUCGAAGGUGUCAAAUUACUCCGACCAGGCUGAGUUCCCCCUCCUCAUCCCAGCUCCCAGUUAUCGGCGAUGUGUGCCCGAGGACUCGGAUCGGUUUUGGGUCGGGGUGCAGAGCUCUCCGCACUGCGUGAGAAACUCUUUGAGGCCUCGACAGAUGUGGGAACAGGGGCGCACUCUGGAUAAAACGAUGUCCCUCAUGGCUGGAAGCAAGAACGACAUCAUCAGCACAAUGUAUCUCCUCUUAAAUAACCUGGAUGUGAUGAUUAGGAACCAGGCUCAUCUGCUUUCCGAUCCGAGAUUCCUGAGCAUUUACCAGACCAAAUUCGAUCUGUUGAUUUUGGGUUCCUUCUUCAACGACUUCCAGUUGGGAGUUGCAGCUAAGCUGAAAGUUCCUGUAAUCGUCGAUUGGAUGAUACCGUCCAACACCAUGAUCGAUAAGUUUGUCGCUAAUCCCUCUGAGAUCUCCUAUGUGCCAAAUGAAUCCACAUUUGCCACUGCUCCCAUGAGCUUUCUAAAACGAGCUGAGAACUUGGCCAAUCACCUGAUUCUCAAUUACUUGACCCUCCGAUUUGAUUACAAAUUUACUCGCAUUUACAAUGAAAUUUUUACAGAAAGAGAUUUUCCAACUCUAAAUGAGAUGAAAAAGAAUAUCUCAUUGGUUUUCGUCGGUUCCCAUUUAAUAAGCGACCGUCCAAUUCGACCACUGGUUCCUGCGAUUGUUGAAAUCGGAGGAAUUCAAGUGAAGGAGACACCAGAUCCGCUGCCCACGGACAUUGAUCAGUUUCUAGAUAGUUCAACCCAGGGGGCCAUCUUCGUCUCAUUUGGCUCCAACAUCAAGAGCCAUAUGUUGAAGCCGGAAGUAGUCCAAAUCAUGUUUACAGUCCUGUCUGGCUUAAAGCAAAACAUCAUCUGGAAGUGGGAGGACUUGGAGAACACGCCAGGCAAUGCCUCCAACAUCCUGUACAAGGACUGGCUGCCCCAAGAUGAUAUCCUGGCCCAUCCGAACAUCAAACUAUUCGUCACUCACGCCGGAAAGAACAGCAUUACCGAAUCCCAAUACCACGGUGUACCCAUGGUGGCCCUGCCCAUUUUCGGAGAUCACCCCGUGAACGCUGCCAUAUUGGUGCAAUCGGGAUAUGGCGUGGCCCUCGACCUGCUCACCAUUACGGAAGACGGUUUCGGCAAGGCCAUCAACGAGGUCCUGGGGAAUGAAAAGUAUGGGCAGGCAGUUCGCAAAUUCUCCGCUCUGUACAGGGAUCGACCCCAAACUGCACGGCAGUCGGUUGUUUUCUGGACGGAGUACGUCCUGAGGCAUCAUGGUGCGCCCCACUUGCAGAGUCCGGCGGUCCACAUGACCUUCAUUGAGCUCCACAACCUGGACAUCUACGCUCUAUUCGUGGCGAUCCUGGUCCUUCUUGCUCUCCUCAUCCGACUCGUCUGGAAAUACGGUGGAGUGUUCUGGAGAAGGGAACGAGUCCUACCUGCCCAAGCUGGCGAUUCCAAGUCCAAGUCCCAGUCCAAUCCCAUGCCCAUGCCCAUUCUCAUGCCCAUACCCAUACUCGCGAAAAGAUCUGGUUUUCAAUUUUUCUUGUAUGCCGUUUUCUUCGCCUUAUAA